AAAGUGUGUUGUCUCUAAACGGCAGGAAGUAUCGAGCCAACAGGAAGCCGAAUCAUGAGGACACUCUGAUCAACAAGAGGCGACUUAAACCGUGAAACCACCGGCUUUCUCCUCGCACACAACAACCAUUCAGAGGAGGAGGAGCCUUCCCCAGAGAUAGCCAUGUCUGCAGUGAUGGAGCUGAAGACAAAGGAGGAAAAGGAUGCCGAGCUCGACCGCAGGAUUGAGGCACUGCGGAAAAAGAACCAGGCGCUGGUCCGGCGAUACCAGGAAAUAGAAGAAGAUAAGAAAAAAGCUGAACAGGAGGGGAUUGCUGUGACGACCCCACGUAAGCCCCGCCCCCAUGACCCUGAGCAGGAGAAGAGGAGACAGGAGAAGGAGAACUUCACGGUCACUGUGGAUUUGUCCACAGCACAGGAGAAGAGAGUGGUGAAUGACACUAAAGUGUGGACAUCUAGGGGCCUGCAGAGGGCCUCAGAGGACCCUGAGGGACCUAAAGUGCAGAGCCCCUCCAAGAGAAUGUCAGGUCGCGUGGGCCGAAACCCCAGAGGAGGGGGCCAACUGGAUAGGGGCCCCCGGGAGGAGAGGGGCCCCCGGGAGGAGAGGGGCCCCCGGGAGGAGAGGGCCCCCCGGGAGGAGAGGGCCCCCCGGGAGGAGAGGGCCCCCCGGGAGGAGAGGGGCCCCCGGGAGGAGAGGGGCCCCCGGGAGGAGAGGGGCCCCCGGGAGGAGAGGGGCCCCCGGGAGGAGGUGCCCGGCGAGACAACGGGUCGUAGGGGUGGUCGGGGGGGCAGAAGGGGCAGAGGUGGGGAUGCAGCAGUGGGCAGUGACCGCAGGUCCAAGGAGUGGGAAGAGAAGAGGAGACAGAAUAUCGAGAAAAUGAAUCAGGAGAUGGAGAAGAUAGCAGAAUAUGAACGAGGACAGCGGCAGGAGAGGGACAAGCCCAGCAGACACUUCCUGGAUGACCCGCGGCGCUCGGGCCCCGCCCCUGACACUGACCGCAAGGAGGGCAGCCGGAGACACGUGCGCAACUGGGGAGGCCUGGAUUUCGACAAUGUGAAGACGGGUGCAGAGAUGGAAAAAGAGUGGACUAGCCGACGCCCUGGACCCAAAGGCUCUGUAGACAUGACCAUGUCUAUGACGGGCCGGGAGCGUGCCGAGUACCUACGCUGGAAGAAGGAGCGCGAGCAGAUCGAUGAAGAGAGGCUGGCACGACAUCGCAAUGCCACGGGACAGUGGAGACGCGAGUGGGAUGCCCAGAAGUCCGACAGCAUGUUCACAGAGGACCAGGCUGUGGGUGCAGAGGGCACAGUGACCGAGCAGAAUGUCCGCCGAGAUGACCAUAAGCGACCUCCUAAGGCUCCUACAUUUGGAGACUUCUUGUCCCAGGGCAGGACCCAUGGACCAAGAGGGGAGCGUGGCCGUGGCCGAAACAGGGGCUCCAGACCCAGCUACAGUAUGCAUGACAACCGCUGGGAAGCAGAGAAGGAGGAAGAGCAAAGGGAAAAGGAGGACAAGACAAAGCAGGAGGUGAAGAUUGAACCAGAGGAGGUGCAGCUCAAGACCCCUGAGGAGCCAAAGUCUGUGUCCCCGAAGAGGGAAGAACCCACAGAGGAUGAUGAGGACCAGUGGGAGGACGCCAGUGAUGGAGAAGAGGAGGAGGAGGAGCCAGGGGAGGAGCCAAAGAAGACAGAGCGCCACUCACUGUCACCUAAAGAGCAGCGCACCCCCCGGUCCAAGGCUCCCACCUUGGAUCCUCUCACCCCCCAGGAGUCCCCUGAGGCAGCCAAGCCCCUUAGCCCCUUCUGUCCCCUGGACCACCAACCCGUGUCCGACUGGGGUGAGGAGAUGGAGCUGCUGUCCCCUCGGAGCAGUAUGGGAGGAGAGAGCCCGCUGAAACCCCCAAAUGCUGAGGCCAGCCCCCAGCCCAAAAGGGACCCAGAGAAGCUAGGGAGAGCUGAGGGACGAGCUGAGGGACGAGCUGAGGGACGAGCUGAGGGACGAGCUGAGGGACGAGCUGAGGGACAGCCCAGGAUACAGUUUGAGAGAUAUUCUGCAGAACAAUCAGAGGCACAUCCUGGUGGACUAUCUAGUAGCCAGCCCGAGAGCCAGCCCGAGAGCCAGCCCGAGAGCCAGCCCGAGAGCCAGCCCGAGAGCCAGCCCGAGAGCCAGCCCGAGAGCCAGCCCGAGAGCCAGCCCGAGAGCCAGCCCGAGAGCCAGCCGAGGGCCCAGUUUGAGGGACAGUCUGAGAGACAACUGGAGGAACAGCCCAGUGCCCAAUCUGAGGGACAUUCAGGGGAAGAGUCUGGCGGAGAGUCAGAGGAAGGGUCUGGCGGAGAGUCAGAGGAAGGGUCUGGCGGAGAGUCAGAGGAAGAGUCUGGGGGAGAGUCAGAAGAAGAAUCUGGGGGAGAGUCUAGUGGACAGUGCGAGGGACAGCCCAGUGCCCAAUCUGCAGGACAUUCUGGGGGAUCGUCUGUAGGACACAGAGAUCCUGAUCAGGCUGAUGGAGGAGAUGGAGCUUCUCAGGUGGACCCUGCUGCUUCUGCUUUAGACUUACCUCAGGAGCAGCUGUGAUGGCUCAUCUGAACACACCACUGCGCCGCCCAAUGCUGUGUUUUAAACAGGACUGCUUUUAAAGAGACACACAAAUGAAUCGUGUCAUGUGAUUGGACAGAAAAUUCUGUGCAUCACUGAGCAUAAACUUAACCAGGGGCCAGUGUGUCCAUGGUGACAGGGGUACUGCACCCUUAUGUAUUUGGAGCAGUGAGUGAUCCCUCCCUCACACGACUUUUAUCAGUUUAAGCUGCAAUUCUGUCAUAUGUUUAUUCACGAGGGGAAGUGGAAUUUGUCAAUCAUGUGCAGUGUUUUUAUUUACUCCCAUUCCUGUACACUGCCUUCUGAAUGUCACAGGCCAUAUGCAAAGCAGAUGAAAUGAAUCAUGUUUUUCUAUCUGAACAUAAAGUUUUUAACCAUGCUGUCUGUGAGUGAAAUGAAAUAAACCUGUGCUGACUCAGACUGGCACUGUCAUCUGUCUCAAACUCAUCUGAAUGUUUAAUGUCUUGUGUGGUCUUUGUGUCAUGUCACUGAGUUUGG